UUGGAGCGCUCUUCCCGGAUGACGCAUGCGCAGAGAGGUCGUAGUCGCCACUAAGGGAGGAGGGAGUGCUCUAACUCUAGCACAUGCGCGUUAGGUCCUGGCCGCUAUGCGGGUGCUUGUGGGUGGCGGGACGGGCUUCAUUGGAACAGCCCUAACCCAGCUGCUGAAAGCCAGGGGCCACGAAGUGACAUUGAUCUCCCGAAAGCCCGCGCCGGGUCGGAUCACGUGGGAUGAACUCGCUACGUCGGGGCUGCCCCGCUGCGACGCUGCCAUCAACCUGGCCGGAGAGAACAUCCUCAACCCUCUCCGAAGAUGGAAUGAAGCCUUCCAAAAAGAGGUUCUCAGCAGCCGCCUGGAGACCACCCACCUGCUGGCUAGAGCCAUCACCAAGGCCCCACACCCCCCACAGGCCUGGGUCUUAGUCACAGGCGUAGCUUACUACCAGCCCAGCCCGACUGCGGAGUAUGAUGAGGACAGCCCUGGAGGGGAUUUUGACUUUUUCUCCAACCUCGUAACCAAAUGGGAAGCUGCAGCCAGGCUUCCAGGAGAUUCUACACGCCAGGUGGUGGUGCGCUCCGGAGUUGUGCUGGGCCGUGGGGGCGGUGCCAUUGGUCACAUGCUGCUGCCCUUCCGCCUGGGCCUGGGGGGCCCCAUCGGCUCAGGCCAUCAGUUCUUCCCCUGGAUUCACAUCAGGGACCUGGUGGGAAUCCUGGCUCAUGCCGUUGAAGCAAGCCACGUACAGGGGGUCCUGAAUGGAGUGGCUCCAGCCUCCACUACUACAAAUGCUGAGUUUGCCCAGGCCUUGGGUGCAGCCCUGGGCCGCCCAGCCUUCAUCCCUCUCCCCAGCACUGUGGUGCAAGCUGUCUUUGGGCGAGAGCGUGCCAUCAUGCUGCUGGAGGGCCAAAAGGUGGUCCCCCGGCGGACACUGGCCUCUGGCUACCAGUAUUCCUUCCCAGAGCUGGGGGCCGCCUUGAAGGAGGUUGUAGCCUAAGUGGGAAGGUUCAUGGCAGGGCCCAAAGCCUGUCCCCCAACAGAGGCUUCCUGGUUAGACAGUGAAUAGGCUCACGUGUUCCUCUACUUGAGACCUGAAACCAUCUGGUUCUUAGGGAAUCCUCCUCUGGCCUUUCUCAUUGCUCUGUUGCUCCACCUUAUUUAACUGAGAGAGAUGGUCCACUUCUCAAGGUCACAGUCUCAUCAAGGUGUGACUGACCUCUUCGGCUCCUGGGAAAAGAAUCUCCAAGUUUGGUUUCCCUACAGGUCCCAUUCCUGCCACGUUCCUCCUUUCUGCUGUGUAUAGGAUUCUCUGCCAUUUGGACAAUAAAGAUAAAUUAUCUCACUA